AUGGUUCGUCUGGGUCUCGGCGCAAGAAGAAAUCGAGAGGUGGCCAUGUCGGCGGCUACAAUGGAGGCGCCUACUAUGGAGGCGACAGCAAUGACUGUGGUGGCAAUGAUGGGGGCAGCGGUGGAGGGGGUGGCUGCGGCGGAGGCGGCGGUUGUGGCGGAGGCGGCGGUUGCGGUGGCGGGUGUUGAAUGUUUGGGCGUCAAGAUGAAAUCGUUCUGGCGCUCUUCUAGUGGCGGCGACAAAUCAUCUGGCUCUCCCGGCAAAAGCAAACCAGGAGGUGGCACCAGCUGCAGUGGAGGCAGCAAAGGCAUAACCAUCGGUUCGGCCUGGGGCCGUCUUGGCGGAAACAAAUCUGACUCUCCCCCAAAAAGCAAACCGGGAGGUGGCACCGACGGUGGCAGGGGUGGCAAAGGCGUUAUCAAUGGUUCAGCUAUUGCGAAUACUCCCUUGUACAGCUCUGUGUAUGGAGUUGUAGCUGACGGUGAAGGCGGAGGUGGCGGUGGCGGAGGUAACGAUCAUCACAGCCACCUCCACCACCACAAAGACCAUCAUGGAAGCGGAGAUAGUGGCAGCAUCGGCAGUCACGGUGGACACCACGGUGGCAACGAUUUCAGCGUAGGCGGUGGUUUUGAUGGAGGUGGACACCAUGGACAUUGA